CAAGAACUCCCAGUUCCUCCCUGCUUUCUCCUGCUUCCACUACCCAGCUGUCCUGGACCACUCCUGCAGCCCGGCCCUGCCCUGCCCAACCUGCCUGGUCUCACCCUCCCUCUGCCAACAGAGGUCUGGGCAGGGUUUUAUGGACUCAGAUAAGGCUCCAGCAGGGCCGAAGUUCACUAGCUCUUCCUCUUUGCAGGAGGGCCCAGGGGAGGGGACCCAAAUGAUUUGGUCCUGGCUAGUCACCAGCGAGUCUGGUAAGAGAAGGGAGACUAGGGUGUGCUCUAGGAGAAGACGUGAGCCUGGGAUCCCCAGAAGAGGGACCCCGUGGACUCUCCCCUGCCAGCCACUCCCUUCCCCUCAGGUAUAAGAGCCACCCACUACCUGCCAUCUGCCACCAUUUCCCACUCCUGCAGCUCUUCUCACAGGACGAGCCACCAGUCCAGCCUCUCGAGAUGGCCUUUGUCCCUCCACCAGGCUACCAGCCUACCUACAACCCGACUCUGCCCUACAACAAGCCCAUCCCAGGCGGUCUCAGUGUUGGAACAUCCGUUUACAUCCAAGGAGUGGCCAGUGAGCACAUGAACAGGUUCUUUGUGAACUUCACGGUGGGGCAUGACUCGGGGGCAGACGUCGCCUUCCACUUCAAUCCCCGCUUUGACGGCUGGGACAAGGUGGUCUUCAACUCGAAGCAGGGCGGGAAGUGGGGCAACGAGGAGAGGAAGAGGAGCAUGCCCUUCCACAAGGGCGCCGCCUUCGAGCUGGUGUUCACGGUCCUGGCUGAGCACUACAAGGUGGUGGUAAAUGGAAAUCCCUUCUAUGAGUUCAAGCACCGGCUCCCUGUAAAGAUGGUCACCCACCUGCAAGUGGAUGGCGACCUGGAGCUUCAAUCAAUCAACUUCAUUGGAGGCCACCACCCCCCAAACCAGAGAUCCAUGACUAACCCAGCUUACCCUCCGAACCAGCUGCCCACCAUGGAAGGACCCCCAGCCUUCAACCCGCCUGUGCCAUACACGGGGAGACUGCAUGGGGGGCUUACAGCCCGAAGGACCGUCAUAGUCAAGGGCUAUCUACCCCCCACGAGCAAGAGCUUUGCUAUCAACUUCAAGGUGGGAUCCUCAGGGGACAUAGCUCUGCACAUUAAUCCCCGCCUGGUCGAGGGCGCCGUGGUUCGGAACAGCCGUUUGAAUGGCUCGUGGGGAGCCGAGGAGAGGACGAUCUCCUACAACCCAUUUGGUCCUGGACGGUACUUUGAUUUGUCCAUUCGCUGUGGCGUGGAUCGCUUCAAGGUUUAUGCCAAUGGUCAGCACCUCUUCGACUUUCCCCAUCGAUUCUCGGCCUUCCAGAAGGUGGACAUGCUGGAAAUCCAGGGUGACGUCACCUUGUCCUAUGUCCAGAUCUGAUCUGUUGCCGGGGCCGUAACUCUCGGGAAAACAGAAAGAUCCCCUAGGACUCCCUUCUAACCCCUAAUAAAAUGUCAGAGGGUG